ACUGUCUGGUCACAGAGGAUCUAAGAUGGCGACUCACAUGUCGAGAUGUAGAACCUGGAGUCGUGUUCAAAGGUUUGGGAUCGCAGCUUACAGAAAGUACAGCAGCGGUGGCCGGUACCCAAAUAUCUCCCUCUCUGAACCGCUGCCUGGGAUCCCCAAACCUGUAUUCGCAUCUGGGGAUGGUCUGGAGAAAUAUGAGACCAAGAUCACUACUCUAGAAAAUGGCCUCAAAGUCGCUUCCCAAAACAAGUUUGGUCAGUUCUGCACAGUUGGAGUUUUAGUAAAUUCUGGAUCCAGACAUGAAGCAAAGUACCCGAGUGGGAUAGGCCACUUCGUAGAGAAACUCGCCUUUUCUUCCACAGCUCAGUACGGCAGUAAAGAUGAAAUCCUCCUCACGUUGGAAAAACACGGAGGGAUAUGUGACUGCCAAACAUCAAGGGAUACCACCAUGUACGCUGUGUCUGCUGAAGUGAAGGGUCUGGACACGGUGGUCAGUCUUCUCUCUGAUGCUGUUCUACAUCCUCGCCUGCUGGAUGACGAGAUCGAGAUGACCAGAAUGGCCGUACGCUUUGAGUUGGAAGAUCUGAGCAUGAGGCCAGACCCUGAACCUUUACUCACUGAGAUGAUCCACGCUGCCGCAUAUCGAGGCAACACGGUCGGACUGCCUCGCUUCUGUCCCGUAGACAACGUGGACAAGAUCGACAAGAGCGCGCUCCACGACUACCUGCGUAACUACUACUGUCCCGAGCGGAUGGUGCUGGCCGGCGUGGGCAUCGAGCACGAGCAGCUGGUUGAAUGUGCCAGGAAGUACCUGCUGGGUGCGAAGCCGGUGUGGGGAGCAACUGCAGUGGCCAACGUGGACCUCUCUGUGGCUCAGUACACUGGUGGCAUCGUUAAGAUGGAGAAGGAUAUGUCGGAUGUGAGCCUCGGCCCCACCCCAAUCCCAGAGCUCACCCACAUCAUGAUCGGCCUGGAGAGCUGCUCCUUCCUUGAGGACGACUUCAUCCCGUUCGCGGUGCUCAACAUGAUGAUGGGUGGAGGUGGCUCCUUUUCGGCAGGAGGACCCGGGAAAGGCAUGUUCACCCGCCUUUACCUGAACGUGCUCAACAGGCAUCAUUGGAUGUACAAUGCCACCGCCUACCAUCACAGCUAUGAGGACAGUGGUCUGCUGUGUAUCCAUGCCAGUGCAGACCCCAGACAGGUGCGGGAAAUGGUGGAGAUAAUAACCAGAGAGUUCAUUCAGAUGGCAGGCAGCGCAGGAGAGAUGGAGCUGGAGAGGGCCAAGACUCAGCUCAAGUCCAUGUUGAUGAUGAACCUCGAGUCGAGGCCGGUUAUUUUUGAAGAUGUUGGCCGCCAGGUUCUCUCUACAGGAAAGAGAAAGCUGCCACACGAACUGUGUGAUCUAAUAAGCAACGUGACAGCCAGUGACAUUAAGAGAGUGACCACCAAGAUGCUGCGCAGUAAGCCCGCAGUAGCAGCUCUGGGCGACCUGACGGAGCUGCCCUCGUACGAACACAUCCAGGCAGCCCUGUCCAGCAAGGACGGACGUCUGCCCCGCAUGUACCGCCUCUUCCGAUAGUCAUCGCUGUAAAUAUACUGGACUGGAAGAUUACACUAGUGUUCCCUCCCAUCACAGGACUCGAUACAGCUCGCUCUGGGAGGGGACUAAUACCCGGGCUCCCGGCUGUACCUCUGAGAGGGGUGAUUGUAAAGGAAACGUUACAUUUUACUCUCCGGUAACCUUUUGUCUAACUACAGUUGGAGUAUCUGUAUUUAUUGAUUGUGGGCAGGAAAGCCUCAUUUCAUUAUUUACUGGGGUGGUUUGCAGGAGUUUGGUUUUGAAGGAACAAUUCGCCCCAAAAGCCAAAAUGUAAGUGUUAUUUUUUCCAUUUCAAAACCCCAAUACCAACCUGUUAUGUUUAAGUUUAUGAAUGAAUGACACCUGUAGUGGGAAGGUAAAGUAGCAUAUAAGCAAGAGAAGGGAGCGGCUAACAUGCCCAGCAGUGUCUCGACUGGUUUUAUUGAGCUGUAUUGUUUUUCUCGGCUCCAUAAACAUUUCAGAGCUGCACCUUGAGCCGUCUCUUCACAAACGUAGGAUAUCUACACAAAGUGAUGGUUGAAAUAUGAAUAAAGAAAUCCUUGGAGUUUUUUUUAGGGAUAAAUGUGAGAAACCUCACAACUAGCCAAUUAGUCCUCCACACUGAAGUCAUGUGUUCUGUCGUCGUGUAUCAGUGAGUGUAAAGAGAUUGAAAACUGUAAUUAUUUUGUAUUUUGUGGUUGUGUAGAUGCCCUUUCAAAUUAAAAUAUAUAUCAACAGGAUAAAUAAAUAGUUUUGUACAAAAUUUAGCCAACAAACAAAGUCAGUUUUCAAACUUUUAUUUUGUGAUGUUACAUUAGAGUGACUUAUAAAAAUAUGCAGAUAGUUAAAAGGUCUUAUGGAAAUAAAAACAACACUGACAGGCA